AUGGACUGCACUAUCAUCUUGUGGGAUUCGGACGGGCGACUCGUCCAAGAAUGGGUGGCUCAUCCUGGAUCCGUCCUCGCAUUCUCCCCCGAUAGUCGGUAUCUCGUAUCCGGGUCCCUGUACGGGAAUAUCGCAGUCUGGGAUGUCAGUCAAGGCGCACGAAAGAUUGCAACCCUCGAAGGGCAUACUCAAUUAGUCAAUCGCUGUGUCUGGUCGCCCGACGGCACUCUGAUUGCGUCUGGAUCUUGGGACCAGACUGUGAGACUCUGGGACACUCGGGCGUUCCAACAACUCCAUGUCCUCGACGUAGCCACAUUCACCAACACCUUCGUCCAUGGUGUCUGCCUUUCCUCCGACGGACGCUGGCUUGUCUUGACAGGCUUCAAUAUGUGCUGUGUAUGGGAUGUCGGGCGCAGCGCCAUGCACAAGGACUUUGGUAUCGCAAGAGGGGAGGAUGUCAAGGAUAAGGCUGCUACAGAUGAAGAGAACGAGGAAGACAAAGGUGAACAGGACAAGAAACACGAAGAUGCGGAUCCACGGUGCUACGCCGCCGCAUUGAAUGCUCAGGGCACGCACCUUGCCACUGGAUAUGAGGAUGGUAGUGUUCGGAUAUGGGAUGUGCAGAUGGGACAGUGUCUCGUGUUCUCGAGGAUGCAUGUGGGGCAGGUAAUAGAAGUGGCAUUCUCAUCGGAUGGAACGCGCCUGCUGUCCAUUGGCUGUGCCAGGACAGCGAAGAUCUGGGACGCAUCCAGCGGUUCCGUGACCCUAUCGUUGGAAGGACACACCGGCGACGUCCGAUCAGCGUGCUUCUCACCGUGCGGGAAGUACGUCACUGCGUCGGCAUCAUGGGACCAGACGGUGGGGCUGUGGAGAACGGACGAUGGGUCGUGCGUGGGGAAGUUCUCCGAGCACAAGUAUGGGGUCUCGCACGUAACUUUCUCCCCGGAUGGACAGACGCUGUCUUCUGGCGCAGACAAUGGGUCGGUCGUGAUCAGACGUAUGCGCGAUAUUCUUUCAGUAGAAGAUAUGGGUGUGUAG